CCAAAUCCCACUCAGUUGCUGGAAAGUUCUGAACCUUUGAACACUGCGGCCUUUAAACAUAACUAGAAAGUAUGGCCGCAAUUACCGAGGACAUACUUAGUGCCCUGUGCCUACUAGCCGAAGAUGAAAAUAUCCAGCUGACUGUCACGGAGUCGGCCAAAGGAGCAGCCCUCUGUGCUGUGGGUGCCUUGGUCGGGGGAUUGCUAAUGGGUCCCCGGGGACUUGCAGUGGGCGGCACUAUAGGAGGUCUGGUAGGCUACGGACUUACGGAAGGAAACUUUAAGUCAAUCGGUGAGGUCAUUAGGCACGAUUUAUCAGAGAGUCAGCGACAAGAACUGAUGGAGCACGUGACCAAUGCCGUAUCCAAGGUCAGAGAUGUGAGCCCUGCAGAGGUAGCCGGGCUUAUAUUGAGUAACCGAAGGGUGCAACAGGUUGCUAUGGACGCAGCCAAGUCUUUUUUCACUGAUCGUAUGGGAAUGACCAUUGUCGAUUAGUCAUCUGUGCAUGUGAAACUUUUCUUUGUUAUCCCUUUAAUUGUCACAUAAUACUAUGGCCAUUUUGCCUGUGGUCGAUAAUAACAAGGCCUUUUACUACAUCUGAUAUGUAUCUUUGAAUAAAAUUAUAUAA